AGCGCGGUCACUUGGCGAUCUUCUUUGAGGAAGCGCAUGUGCAAAACGUAAACAAAGUGUUUUGGGUAAUCUCACACCCAAUUGUCAUUUUUCGUGGAGAAUUUCUGUAAUCCGAAAUAGAGUAGGCUACAACAAAACAACAGGCAUUGGCAGUUAGUGUUUGUACCGUUAUCAUGAUUCCAUGAUUUUGCAGCUGGUGAGAUCAUGGAGAAUGAUGAUGGUACCAAAGAAGACACCCAGUCACAAGUCAAGAACUCAGUCAGCAUGGAGAAGAACUGCUGCAACGAGGACACUUUCAGGCUUCACAUGGUCACGUGGAAUGUCGCUACAGCUGAUCCUCCAGAUGACAUCAGCUCCUUGCUUCACCUGAACUCCCCAAAGACCCCAGACCUCUAUGUGAUUGGUCUCCAGGAGGUGUACGCUGCUCCUCACAAGUUCAUCAUAGACAUGGCCGUUGAGGACUCCUGGAGCCAUCUCUUCAUGUCCAGCCUGGCACCACGAGGCUACCUGAAGGUGUCCUCCAUCCGCAUGCAGGGCCUCCUGCUGCUGAUCUUCUCCAAAUUGGCCCACGUUCCAUUCAUUAGAGACAUCCAGGAUACCUACACGCGCACAGGCAUCUUCGGCUACUGGGGGAAUAAAGGUGGGGUGUCCAUCCGCCUGUCUUUCUACGGCCACAUGCUCUGCUUCCUCAACUGUCACCUGGCAGCACACAUGCAGUACGCCUCGCAGCGCGUCGACGAGUUCGAGUACAUCCUGGACACACAGACCUUCGGCCCCAAAAAGACCCCACACAUCCUCGACCACAAGCUGGUCUUUUGGUUUGGGGAUUUGAACUUCCGCAUCCAAGAUCACGGCAUGCAUUUUUUGCGCAACUGCAUCACCAGCCACAAGUUCAACUUGCUGUGGAGCAAAGACCAGCUGACCAUGAUGAAGAAGAAGGAGGCUUUCCUGCAGGAAUUUGACGAGGGACCUCUGGACUUUCAACCGACGUACAAAUUCGACAGGUUCUCUGACCGCUAUGACAGCAGGUCCUACCGGACAUGGCUUGGUUUUCAUGGUAAGAUGCGUAAGCCGGCCUGGACAGACCGGAUCCUGUGGAGGGUGAAGCCUAAAGAGCCACCCCCAGAGGAGGAGAAGGACGAGGACAGGGACUCUGGUCUGGAUGAGAAAAACACCAAGCAGCAGGAGGAGGAGGAAGAGUUCCCUCUGAAACUCAGGCAGGAUUCGUACACCAGCAACAUGGAGUACGGCGUCAGCGACCACAAGCCCGUCAUCGGCAUCUUUACCUUGGAGUUGAGGAAGAUGUACGAGACGCCGUUGGUGCGCGUGUGUGCCGAGGGUGAAUGGAGCGCCGACUUUGACGCCAUGGUGAUCUACAGCCCCCUCCAGCCCUUCCCUUCUAGCGCCUGGGACUGGAUAGGCCUCUACAAGGUGGGGUUCCGGAGUGUUUCGGACUACAUUACCUACACCUGGGUGAAGGAUGACGAGGUCUCGUUUAAUGACGAGCUCACCCAGGUCUAUGUGAGCAAGGAUGAGAUUCCGGUGCUGGGAGGGGAGUGUGUGCUCUGUUACUACUGCAGUACGCUCCAAUGCAUUGUGGGUAUUAGCUCACCCUUUAAGGUACAAGAGUCCAAAGUGGCCGUUGAGGAAGGUCUAGCACUGGAGAACAUCAACGGCCUUGACAAGGCCACAGCCAGUUAGGACCUGUGAGUGGACCAGACAUGCCCUCGAACACUGUCUGUCCAUCUAUGCUGUUACACAUCUGCCCUUUUGAUCUUUGGUUGCCUGUCUGUAAGCUGCGGUGCUGCUGGAAUCAUGGAAUGUUACUUAAAAAUGAUAGGCCAGUGCACUUUGAAUUGAAUUAAUCGUACUGUUUAGCUUUCUUGUUCGCCACUGCCAGUUGUGGUGGCAACAGUAACCUGUGUGUUUAUUUCUGUUUGUUCAGAGGUUUAUCCCGCUUUUAAAAUCAGUCGCAGAGAGAUAUUGGCAGUAUCGCUUUAAGAAAGGUUCAGUGUUAGUUUUGUUCAGUGUAUUUUUUUGUUUUUGGUGUUUGUCUCUUUGGAUUCAUACAUAACACAUUGGACAUUGUCAGAUGUUCCAGGUAGCUUGUACAAAAGUUGAACAUUGACAUCAAAGUCGUGGCUGUUUCACUUGAACAUUUGACCAAUCAUCUAAUGAUAUCAUUAAUGCAUGAUUAUCUCAUAAUUAUUUUAAAAAUAAUGCUUCAUAUAUUUUUAUUUUCCCCUUGCAAACUUAGUCAUCUGUUAACAAAACCCUUUGUGCUAUGCUAUUCCAUUUCAAUGCAAUUUCUAAUAGAGGAUAUGUUUGAGAAAUACAGUGAGCGCCAUAAUUCAUUGGACAAUGACCAUUCUUUUUGUUAUUUUGGUUCUGUACUAUAGCACUUUGAGUUUGAAAGGAUACAAUGACAAUCAGGGUGAAGUGCAGACUGUCAGCUUUAAUUUGAGGGUAUUUUCAUACCUAUCGGAUGAACCGUUUAGAAAUGACAGCACCUUUUGUACAUGGUCCCCCCAUUUUAAGGUACUUACAAGUAUUUGUUGAAUUGGCUUCACAGAUGUGUGUUAGGCAGGUGUAUUCAUUUGUGUCGUUAGUGAAUGCAAGAGAGCUGUUGAUGAAGAGUAUUGAUUCUAGACUUUGCUAUUGCCUUUGGAGGUUGUUGUUGGGGUGUGACAACAUGAGGAAGACAGCCGUGUCGAUGCAAAUGAAGUUGGCCGUCAUAAGGCUCAGAAAUUAAAAUCAAUCAAUCAGGAACAUUGCAAAAACCCUGGGCAUGCCCAAGUCAACAGUUUGGUUUAUCAAUAACAAGAAAAAAACAACCGGUGAACUCAAUUAUGUCAAAAGACCCGGUAGACUGAGGAAGACCACUGUAGUGGAAGACCGGAGAAUACUCUCUAUGGUGAAGAAAACUCCCCUGACAACAGCCCAACAGAUCAAAAACACUCUCCGGGAUGCAGGUGUUGAUGUGUCAGUCUACCAUACGUAGAAGACUAUACCAGCAGGACUCCAGAGGGUACACUACAAGAUGCAAACCACUGAUGAGACUAAGAUUAUGUACCAGAGUGAUGGAAAGUGUGGAAAAAAAAGACAUGCCCAUGAUCCAAAGUAUACCACCUCAUCUGUGAAACAUGGUGGUGGGGGUGUUAUGGCUUGGGCCUGUAUGGCUGCCAGUGGAACAGGCUCACUUGUCUUCAUCGAUGAUGUGACUGCAGACAGAAGUAGAACAAUGAAUUCGGAAGUCUACAGAAAUAUUUUAUCUGCUCAGAUAAAACCAAAUGCCUCCAAACUCAUUGGACGGCACUUCAUCAUGCAACAAGACAAUGACCCUAAACGUACUGCUAGAGCAACGAAGGGGUUUUUGAGGGCCAAAAAGUGGAAAAUCCUUGACUGGAUGAGUCAAUCACCGGAUCUGAAUCCAAUUGAACAUGCAUUUUACAUGCUGAAGAGGAGACUGAAGGCAAUAAGUUCCCGAAACAAGCAGGAACUGAAGAUGGCUGCAGUACAGGCCUGGCAGAGCAUCACCAGGGAAGAUACCCAGCCUCUGGUGAUGUCGAUGCAUCGCAAAGGAUAUGCGACCAAAUAUUAACAAUGAUUGCUUUAUUCUACAUUAUGUCCAAUGUCCAAUGUUUUUUGAAAAGGGGGGGGGGCCGACUAUGUAUUAAAGCUUCUAUAAUUUCUUAACGGUUCAUCCAAUAUGUAUGAAAAUACCCUCAAAUGAAAGCUGACGGUCUGCACUUCAGCCUCGUUGUCAUGGUAUCCUUUCAAACUGAAAGUGCUAGAGUACAGAACCAAAAAGUACACUGUCCAAUGAUUUAUGGUGUUCACUGUAUAUUGCACAAUUUGAUCUUGUUCAUAUUCAUGACCAUGCCCUUUUUAUAGAGGUGAGUAAAUGUUACUGGUUUAUGUAUAUUAUUAAAGUCAGUUUGGUUCUAGUAAGUGUGAUUGGGGAUGAAAGGUUAUUUAAGAGAAAGUGGAAUCAACAAGUGCCUCAAUGUUAACAACCUGUAGAAAACUGUUCAACAGAUACUUUGGUACAACAUUGUCAUUCCUAUUUGAUUAUUUAUUGCUACAUUUGAAAAUUAUGAAUAAUUAGUGUUCUUCUUCUUAAAACAUAUGCAGGUCUUGUCUCGCUUGUACUGUACGCAUCAACAUCUCAUCUGUAGAACGUCUUGUACUUUUCUGCGACCAAUUUCAGCAUAAGCGAGACCUGUUCAAAUGUCUUUAUUAAUGUCUUUAAACGCCUGUACAUUGACUUGUAAAGAUUACUCAAGCCACUUCAUUCAGUAUUUACAGUAUAUUGAAAAUUAGGAGUGCUCUAUUUUCUCUGUAACAAGUGGUAAAUGAAUGAAUGCAAAUGUUAUACUGUAGGCUUAAAUACGGUAAAAAAUCUAAA